UUGACAGUUUUAUACGUGACACCUUACCAAGUGGUACUGUUUGCGAGUUAAUUUAUAAAAAUAUAUCCAUUUAAGUAUUAGUUAAUUAGUUAAUAAUAAAUAUAAAACGGGACGAUAUAAAAGUAAUGGAAAUGUUCAUAAACAGCUAGCGGAGCGAUGGACGCUUAAGUUGAAAAUCACAUCGAAUUUGCGAUUGUGGAAAUAAAUAUUCUUUUGCUUUUAAUUAAGCUAACAUUAUUGACGUAUGAUAGUGAUACUAGAAACGUUAUAAUACAUUUAAAAUGGUUGAAGCAAGUAAGUUAUGGUUUGAGACGGCCUGUAGCCAUGCUCCGUGCAAUACUUUGAUUCAUCCUUGGACUUCUACAUGUAAGGAUGCCACGGCAACGAUGCUUCUUAGUUGUAUUAAAGGCAGUUAUAAAUUCUACGCUAUGGUGUAUCUUAUUCAAAUAUUAAUGAGAGGCAAAAAAUUGGGCAAAGAAGAAAUGAUUGAGCAAUUCAAAUUGUACUUAAAAUCGGGGAUAUUUGGCUUGACAGUAGGAAGUUCUUUUGUGACAUUGAAUUGCAUAUUUAGGGCGUUAUUCUUCAGCCAGUUCAAUUACUAUACGACUGUGUUGCUGCCGUGCACGGUGAGCGGACUUGCGGUUUACUUCGAACCGCCUUACAGAAGAGUUAUGGUUGUCAAUCUUUUCGUCAACUUGGUAUUCGAAUAUUGGGUAAGAACAUUAGAAAUGAAAGGAUGGCUUAGACGGACACCAGGAAAAGAAACUCUAAUCUUCAUGUUUGGUAGUGCCGUUUUCUUCUAUUUGAUGCGAAAAGAAAGAGAGAAUAGUAAACGAACGCCGUUGUUUUGGUUCUUUACACCGCCGAGAGUAUCGAAAGAAGUUGGCAAACCAAUGAAAGGCAUCAGUGGAAGGAGUCUUGCUUGUCCUCACAAAGGAAACUGCAUGAAUUAUAUUCUAAGGGGUACAGUACAACUAUUCGGGGUAGGUUGUGCUAUGACAAUAUUGCGCACAAUAAUUCCUAGAAUUCUGACGCCGGCGAAAGCGCUGAAAUCAUUGAGGCUAUCUCAUCUCAAGCUUGGCUUGUUCUUUGGUGGUUACAUCGGUAUUUAUAGGCUGGUGGUUUGCUUACUGUGUCGGGCGUACGGCAAAGACAGUGCACUAUACGCGCUGCCCGCGGGUUUCCUCGCUGGCGCCGCCUUCAGAGCCUCGCCGUCCUUGCCAAUCUCACUCGCACCUUUAACGUCUACAUUACAGAUCCUGGGCUCGUGGGGUUACCAGAAAGGUUUAAUCCCGGAGCAAUGGCCGCUGGUGGAGUUGCUGUACUGCGUGUGCCAAGGCCUGCUGUUCCACGCGCGCGUCAUGCAUGAAGAUGUCUGCCCCCGGUACAUCAUCAACCUGAUGACCACCGUCACCAGCACCAAAGCGGAUCAAAUUCAAGCGGCCUUCAUACAGAGAAUGCUGCGGUCUUUAUAAAUUUAAGAGAAACUUUUAUCGUUAUUAAAACAUUUGUAAAACGCGACAGCUUUACAGUCAAUAUUAAUUUCAAAUUGAAAUUAAGAAUUUGCCGUUUAACCAUUUAUCGAUAUUUAUAUCACAUCACUAUAGCGUGAAUUUCAGUUGGCACGUUGCCAGGUACAGUACGCUAGGUUCUGGCGUGCCAAGUCAUAUACUUUCUCUAAUGCCAGGUUUCUGAAUUUUCCAUUUAUUUAAUCAUUACCAAGUGAUUCAUUAGUGUUUUGUUAAUCUAAGUUUCAACGGAAUAAAACUCAAGUAACUUAAUUCGGAACCUAGUUUUAUGAAUAUAUCGAAUCAUAAGCAAAAGUAGUUCGGAAACCGACCAUUAGUAGUUCUGGAAGCUGUCGCGUAGUGAAGGGACGCAAGUCUGUGAUUUUGUUUUAGGUAAUGGAUUUUCAUUAUAGCACAUUUUUGGGGAUAAUUGGAUUACUGGUUAAUUCUUUUGUGCAGUCUUUACAAGCGUUUGAUUGAAUUCAACUUUAGAAUUUAAUAUUAUUCCAUAAAAUAAAGGAGCAAAUUAUUCGCGUAAACCAGUGUUGUUAAAGUUAAGUCUAUACGGUCAGUGAUCGUUUUAACUGAAAAAUAGAACUGUUCAGUUAAAACUUUUAAGACAAAACUCUAACUGAACAGUUCAACUGGGAGUUAAAAAUUUUCAACACACGCAGUUUUUCAUCCGUUAAAAAUUAGCGUCUGUUUUGGCUUUAAGUAACUAGAUAUUAUAUUUAAGAAUUGGCACAAUUAGUGUAUUGGCUUUAUUAAGAUUUUUGGGCAAUAAUUAUUUAGGACUUCCUAUGUAUCACUUUAAAUGUACUAGGGAAAGGUAAUAACAACGUCUAAACAUGACAAUCUAUUAUAGCAUUUAAAAAGUAGUUCCUUAUUUUUAAGUAAAGCAACGUUAAUGCUAUACAUAUGUUUAUAUGCAUAAUUCUAUGUAAGUCUUAUUAGAUUUUUGCUUACAAUUUCACAUAACAACCAAAAAACGGCGCUUGCUACGUUUGCCCCGACCAGGAGCAAAGGGCGGUAUUGCCCCCCCCCCCCC